AUGCCUCCCUGGUCGGUGGAAGACGAAAGAGCGCAGGACAUGCUCGUGCUCAGCAACAUCGCGAUGGAGCUGGAAGCCUCUGCUCCUCAGCGACACAAUGCAUCUCAGAUCCUCCUGAAACUGCUGGAGGAUGGCAAGGGAGAGGCCAUCGGAGCAUCGUCCUCCCUCGCUCAUGCGCUCAAUCAGAUGCUUUGCGACAAGUCCGGCAUGAAGGCGCACAAGGUCUCCUCGGAGCUAGCGCUCAGGCUCCUCAUCAAGAUCUUCGUGUGGAGCAAGGCCAAGAUCUGCGAGGAGGAGCUUCUGGUCAACACGCUAGAGGACAAGGUCGAACAGUUCCGACACUCCAACGCUGCGACUCAUGCCGGCAUGGCAUGCCUCGCACACUCCCUCCUCCUCGCCUGCAACAAGCUCUCUCUCGGAACCGCAGCAUCCUACAGGCAAGACCUCCUGCUGUCUUCACUUCCUCGCCAUAACGCCUCCUCUGCCUGCAGCUACUGGCAAAUCUCGACCGUCCUCGACCUUCUCUCCAACGCGAUCUUCUUGCGCGAAGACUCCAAGAGCCUCGGGGUCGCCGUGUGUGAAGUUCUCAGCGGCCUAUUCGUCAUGGCGCACAACCCAGACAACAGAGCAUGCAUCAUGGAAGGAAAGGAGAUCUUUGAGCGUAUCAUCCAUGGUUGGAAGCAAUUUGUAGUUCCCUUGUGGAUGCCGACUGCUGUCAGUCUUGAGGGACAGGAGAUCUUCUGUAAUUCAGAUCUGGACAUAACGAGACAUUGUGGAGAAUGCUUCCUCUGCCACUGCUCGUCGUUUCGGAGGGAAGGAGAGGAGGAGCAGGACCAAGAGGGGGAGGAGACAAGGGAUACAGAGACGUGGGUGAGGAGAGAGGAGAGUCUUCCUCGAACGUUUGCCAAGAUCGUGAGGAGGAUGGGGAGGGAGUUGGGGAUGGAGGAAGGAAAGUUUGUGAUGGACAUCUCGGAGGAAGCUCUGAAGCAGCUGGAGCAUGAGCUACAUCAGCAUGUGACAGAUGCGAAGAGAGUGAAGGAGAACUACGAAAGGAUGCUGGAAAUCUCGCAGAACAGGUACCUCACUCUCAGAGCAAGGUUUAAGAGAAACUCGCACAACGUGCAAGCAGCCUCCUUCGACCUCUUCCUCCUCAGCGUCAGGAAGUCGAAGUUAGAGCGUCAGCGGCUGAAACGAGCGAUACAAACAUGGCGACACGUCGGCAUGUCCGGGGUCGAGAGCUGCUUCGACGACUGGAAGAACGCAGUGAGGAUGGAGCGAGUGCUGAGAGAGAGCGAAGAGCACAGGAGCGGAAGGCUGACAGCUGAAGAGUCUCUUGCUCGCCACCAGACCUCCGUGUCCAACAUGCUCGCCAAGAUCGACAACCUCGAGCACGAGCUCCGCCUGUCCCGCGCGAAGACGGAAGAGCUGGAGGAGGUGCUAAGGGAGCGAGAGGAGGAGGGGGAGGAGAAUUGUGCGAUGUGCGAGGAGAGGAGGAUGGAGAACGAGUCUCUUCUCGAUCAGUUGUCAGCGUUGCAGGAGGAAAGAGAUGCGGCUGAGGAGAAGAUGAGGGUGAAGGAAGAAACUUUCUGCACGUCAGCGAGAAGUUGCGGUAUGCUGAGCGGAGCAUUGUUGAGCUCGAGGAGAGGGAAGAGGAUCGAGAUCGAGCCGAUAGGAGGAGGAGCAGGAGAUUCGGAUUCAGUUUUCUCAAUGAGGAGCAGCAGCGCCAUCGCACCGAGCGAGGUGGCAGGAAUCUCACACAAGCUCUUGGUAGACAACAACAUCAUCUCCAUCCUCGUCGCAGAGAUCGUCCAACUUCUCCCGCCUUCCCUUGAUCUCUACAGCCCAAUUGCUUUCUUACCCGAGCAACAGAUCAAGGUCAUGAAGAAGAAAAUCUCAAACCUGUCCAAGGAGAUCGAAAGAAGCGCUCCCUCCCGGUCUCCUGCUCCCCUCCCUUGCUCUUCCUUCUCCGUAUCAUAUCCCUUGCUGGUGGUGGUGGUGGUGGUGGUGGUGGUGUUGCUGAUGGUCAACCUCAUUCUCCAGCUGGUCCAAGACGCAAAGAAGAUCCUCUCGCGAGAGGCUCGUUCCCUCCUCCAGUACUACAACCGAGCAGAGAAGCUUGAUCCUUCUGCUCCUCCCACUUCUACAGUCUCGCUGAGACCUGCGCCGCCUCCUCCUCAAGCUUCGCAUCUCAUCGAGCUCGUCGAGCUCGAGCUCGAGCCCAACUGGGAGAGCUGUGCAGACAAGAACGUCUCCUGCUCCAUCCUUGCCGCUGACGUCGCCGCUUGUCUCGGCAUCCCUCGCCAAACGGUGGCGGACGAGAAGAGCUCUCUCCGAACGCAGACUUGCGUCCGCGCUGUCUCCCGCGUCACCUCCCUACUCAAAGACGUCAAGUCACUUGCUCCUAAUCGCGCUCGGCUCGUCUCCUCCCUAGCCAGCAUGAAGGCUCUACAUGCAUCCGCUCCUGUCUCAGAUAACUCAACUCAGCUCACGGAUCUUUCCUUUCACAUGCUUGAAGCAAGAUGCGAAACUCUCAGUACAGUUCUGCACGAGCUCGUCAAGGUGCUUGUUCAAAAGAUGCGCAAGGACGUGAGGAAGUCGACAGUCAGGUCAGAGGAAGCGAGCAAGAGGAAACUGGUGGAGAUGGAGGAGGAUGAAGACGAUGAUGUGGACGAGGACGAGGACGAGGUCGAGGUCGAGAAUGUCAGGGUUGUCAAACAGCAGCUCGCUCCCAGCUGUAAUCAGUCUCCUCCUGUCCCCCGGGGCCUGACAGCUUGA